AUGGGUCUACACGAAGACGAAGACCAGAAGUAUCUGGAAGACGUCCAAGCCGUCAACGCUUGGUGGAAGGAUUCCCGAUGGAGACAUACCAAGCGCCCUUUCACUGCUGAGCAGAUUGUGGCGAAGCGCGGAAACCUGAAGAUUGACUACCCAUCCAAUGUGCAAGCCAAGAAGCUCUGGAAGAUCUUGGAAAGCAACUUUGAGAAAAAAGUGGCCAGUUUCACAUAUGGCUGUCUCGACCCCACGAUGGUCACCCAGAUGGCCAAAUACCUCGACACUGUCUACGUAUCGGGCUGGCAAAGCUCUUCCACUGCCUCUUCCACCGACGAGCCCUCCCCGGACUUGGCGGAUUAUCCUAUGAAUACUGUCCCUAAUAAGGUCAACCACCUCUUCAUGGCCCAAUUGUUCCACGACCGGAAACAACGCGAGGAGCGCAUCACCACCCCCAAGGACCAGCGCCAUAAGGUGGCUAACAUCGACUACCUGCGGCCUAUCAUUGCGGACGCUGAUACUGGCCAUGGUGGGUUGACUGCCGUGAUGAAGCUGACCAAGCUGUUCGUCGAACGGGGUGCGGCUGGUAUUCACAUUGAGGACCAGGCUCCAGGCACCAAGAAGUGUGGCCACAUGGCCGGUAAGGUGUUGGUGCCUAUUAGCGAGCACAUCAACCGCCUGGUUGCCAUUCGUGCCCAGGCCGAUAUUAUGGGCACGGAUCUCCUGGCCAUUGCCCGAACCGACUCCGAGGCCGCCACCCUCAUCACAUCCACCAUUGACUACCGGGACCACGGCUUCAUCAUUGGCUCCACCAACCCCAAGCUGCAGCCGCUCAACGACCUGAUGGUCGCUGCCGAGCAAGCGGGCAAGUCGGGCAAUGAUCUGCAGGCGAUCGAGGACCAAUGGACGGCUCAAGCUGGCCUGAAGCUGUUCGACGAGGCUGUCCUCGACGCCAUCCACCAGGGCUCGCACAGCAACAAGCAAGCCGUGGCGGAGGACUACUUGCGCAAAGUCAAGGGCAAGAGCAACAGCGAGGCUCGCGCCCUCGCCAAGAGCAUCACCGGCGUCGACAUCCACUGGGACUGGGACGCGCCGCGGACCCGUGAGGGCUUCUACCGGUACAAGGGCGGGACCCAGUGUGCGGUCAACCGGGCGGUGGCUUACGCCCCAUUCGCGGAUCUCAUCUGGAUGGAGAGCAAGCUUCCGGACUACGCGCAGGCGAAGGAGUUCGCCGACGGGGUGCACGCCGUGUGGCCCGAGCAGAAACUCGCAUACAACCUCUCCCCCUCGUUCAACUGGAAGAAGGCGAUGCCCCGCGACGAGCAGGAGACCUACAUCAAGCGCCUGGGGGCCCUGGGAUACUGCUGGCAGUUCAUCACCCUGGCCGGGCUGCACACCACGGCGCUGAUCACGGACCAGUUCGCCAAGGCCUACGCCCAGCAGGGCAUGCGCGCGUACGGCGAGCUGGUGCAGGAGCCCGAGAUCGAGCAGGGCGUCGACGUGGUGACGCAUCAGAAGUGGAGUGGUGCCAAUUAUAUCGAUAAUAUGCUGAAGAUGGUGACGGGCGGUAUCAGCAGCACCGCGGCGAUGGGCAAGGGCGUGACGGAGGAUCAGUUCAAGCAUUGA